AGUAGAAUAGUAACAACAAUCUUGUAGCCAUAAUUAUUGACGUUCAAGGUUUUGACAGUGUUUCUGCAUAUUUUUCUGUCCUCAAUGGGUAUAAAUAAGAAGCAUGUGAGAGUAGGGUAUGCCACAUUUGGCAUGCUUGUAGGUUUUUCGGCUUUUCUUGUUUGGAACAUCGUCUAUAAACAACCAUGGACGGCGGCUAUGGGCGGUUUAUCAGGGGUGCUUGCACUCUGGGCCCUCGUCACCCACAUCAUGUACCUGCAGGAUUAUUGGCGCACUUGGCUGAAGGGACUCAGGUUCUUCAUGUUUAUCAGUGCUCUCUUCUCUCUUUUAGCAAUAUCAGCUUUUGCCACCUUCUUCACCUUGGCCAUUACGCAAAAACAGUCAAUCUCUGACCCCAGAAGCUUCUACCUGUCUUCUGUGUGGAGCUUCCUGACUCUCAAGUGGGCCUUUCUGCUGGGUCUGUACUCCUACCGAUACCGCCAGGAGUUCGCAGACAUCAGCAUCCUUAGUGACUUUUGAUUGGUUCCUUCCUCUGAACUGAGCAAAACUGAACUUGGCAAUGCAUGGAGCCUGUCAUGCAGGAGGAAAGAUGGAGAGAACUGGAGCUCACUCAACUGAAGAAGAGGAUGGAUGUUUUGCACCAUUUUUUUCCUUUUUUUUUUUUACCUCCCUGUAGUGUCAACACUCAGCUUUCCUGACUGGGAGUCCAGUAUAAAUAAUGGGUGAUCUUUCUGUGUCUUGUCUACUAUCGUUUCAUAUAUUGAUAGAUCUUAAGAGCAUUGAAAAGUGCUGAGAAGGAGGUAAUAAGCCUCACAUGGUCAGACAAAGAGCCACUGAACUGUUCCUACUCGCCUGAAUGUUGUGGGCUUUGUGAGUGAGGAUUUACACAGACCUAUUUGUAGAGCGGCUUAAAGCAAUGAAUGAGCAGUGUGGUUAAAUUUGUCCCCUUGAUUCAGGAUGUGACUUUCUGUGACACAAUACUGUUUUUUUAUUAGCUCACCUAUUAGUUUUCCAUCCUCUCAGUAUAUUUGGACUGUUCAGGAAAAAAAUGUUCAACACUAUGUUUGGUCUUUCUGAUGCAGUUCCGCUGCCUACCACUAGAUAGCGUCAUUAACCUGCUUACAACAUGUCUAUGUCUUUUCCCGGACAUUUUGUCUGUAAGAUUUUUUUUUUCAAAUGCCUGAAAUAUUAAGACAAUCCAGUGCACUACAUAUAACUUUGUGUUUUGCAAUUUGAAACCUUAUCCUUGGAUUAUCUCACUGGAAUUUGUAAAAUGAGCUUGUCCUUGAUAUAGUGUGACUUGAAAAUGAACAAUGAGGAGAGAAUUGUUUCAAACUGCUGUGCAGUGUGAGAAUAUAAGAGAUUUGUUCAUUUGUACAGGAAGAAGAGUGUGAAUCUCUCUGAAUGUAUGUUUGCUGAGCUGACAGUCUGUUGAUUCUGAUGGCUUUUAUUGUUCACCUCACCUUUCAGAUUCUUUCUAGUUUAUAUUCAUCAGCAAUAGUAUUUGUUGCUUGAAUUCAUUUGAACAAAAGUAUGUACUAAAUGCAGUGUAAAUUUUAUUGGAAAUCUGUUUUGUUGACAGAGAAUUAAACAGAUUGAAGGGGUUAAGUUA